GCUUACGGCCAUUGUACUUUUUGCGAUUGGUGCUAUUAUAUUUUCGAUCUUAAAAAUUGACCAGAAUCAAGAGAUUAUGAACUCAGGCUCCGUUUCUCCCUCUUUAGAUCGCGCAGAUUCAUCAGAUAAAAUUGCAGACCUUAAACCUUUAGAUGCCAACCAGCAGCAGGGAUCGAAAGCAGUUGAAAUUAUCAGCGUCACAUAUGGUGUGCCGUUAGAUGGUGCUGCGUUAAAUGUUGUAGUUUUAAAUGGGAUUUUCUCCAUUCUUCUUCUUUUGACAUCCAUUGUUAUAUAUUACCUCUUUAUUGUGUUAUCGAAAAUCGUCAUCUUUUGCGUGCAAUCUUCUUACAAUUUAAUUUCAUGUUCCUGUUGUGCAGCGAAACAGCUAAAGCGAUCAUCCUCAGGUUUUAUAUCUUGA